AUGGAAAUCAAGGACCUUGAAACCCAGGAAAAUCAAUGCGGCCAGCAUUAUCGACAGCUUGUUUCUUCCAAGAUCUUUGAAGUGGCAUGCCAAAAUAUCCACCGGUGCUCAGAUGAGGAAUUCGUCAAUGUUCUGAUUACACUGUGUAGAAUAUAUCCAUCCAUACUGUCACUGCAACAAUGUGCAGACUUGGAGAAUGAAUGUAAGAACCGAUUAGCCAAUUGUGACACGAACACCAUGCUCCUGGUCUCUGAUUGGUGGAUAUACAUUCAGCGCAAGUCACCCUUCAAUCGGUGGAUCCUGAGUGCUCUUGACUCCAAGGUGGAGAAGAUGACGACUCAGAACAUUGUCCAGACUUUCUACGUGAUUGGGGAGUGCCAGUGGAUCCCUUCGGAGGAGUUCCUGCAGCGGCUGACGGACCUUGCUUAUCAGUGCCUGGACAGUCUCUCCUGGAAUGAAGUGGGGAUCAUGUGUAACGCGUACAUCAAAUCACGCUCCCGCAUCCUGUCUCGCCCCAUUCAGGUGGCCGUCAGUUCCCGCAUCUGUCAGGAGAUCAACACCGGGGGCCUGGACCAUUACAACCUGGUCACCACCAUGCGGUUCAUCUCCCGGGGCUACUUCCACAGCUGGAACCUCUUUGAGCAGAUUGCCUGCGUCCUGACUCCCCACAUCCAUGACAUGCCAUUCCUAGUCCCCCCACACGUCGUGACGGCAUUCGCCAAGGUGCGGCACUUCAACCAACCCCUCAUGGACACCGUGGCGAGCCUUGACUUGAAGACGGUGGACUCUGUCCGCUUGAAGGAUGCCUGGAUGCUCGUGUGGUCCUUUUGCAGGUUGAACUAUGACCCUCCAAACUCCAAGCACUUCUUGAAGGACCUGAUCCACUACUUGGACCGGGCUGAGAUUUCGGAUCAACCCCAUCAAUUCAUGAAAAGCCUAGUAGCAUUAACAUUCAUCGGAGAGUAUCCCUUCAAUGCGAUCAACACAGCAUUCAGUCCCCGAGGCUUGGAGUUGUAUGAAGUUAAAUGCCCAGGGGACAUUUACAAGCAUCUGUUUGCUCUUGACUGUUCCGUGGCCAUUGAGAAACCGGAGUACUCGGGUUACCGGCUACCACAGGAAUUCAAGGACAAGUUCUGGCAGAAUCCCCACGGCUCCAGAAUCGUCCCCUUUGAGAAGAUCCGCGGACUACAAGAGGCCGUUGAAGAAUUGCAGUGCAUUCUGGGAGGAGCUCAGUACCUGAAGGCCCACCCCAUCCUGCCCCACAUCAGGACCCCUCUAGAUAUCGAGGUACAUCUGGAUGCUUCUUCAAACCCGUUACCCCUGGCCUCCAAGCCCGAAAGGUCCCUGGAAGAACUUCUCAGUGAGGCAAACCAAAAAGAUGGCAUACAAAGGCUGGCGGUGUUGGUUGCUCCAAGUGCCCACUUUCGCCUGCGUUCCAAGGAUCUCCUUGGUGUCCAUGUCAUGAAGAGACGACAGCUCCAGAAGAUAGGCUACAGAAUAGUUGAGCUGCCGUACUAUGAAUGGGAACCAUUGCUGAAGGCUUCCGAGUACCACCGUCAUGGCUACCUCAAAGCCAAGAUGUUUAAAUGAAACCCUAAAAUCCUACAUACCAACAAAUGUUCCAUUGGAUUUGGUUGUUACAGGAAGAAAGGGCUAGCCUUCCUCCAUCCUUCCAAAGUCUCUUUGGGUUCAAAAUAAUUACCUACCCGUUCUCAGACGAGUCACAAGGUCAUGAAAACAAUUUUCUCCGAAGUCAGUUUAUAGUUCUUAACCCGGUGAGUUUAAAUGUGAACCUGUUUUCAGGUUAAUUGUAAGGAUUUACUGGUAACCGUAUUUUCAUGAACGCACAUGACGGAAUGAACGCGCACAAUAAGACAUAGUGAUUGACGAUGAAUAACGUCCCAGGCAACAAGAUCUACAGGUGUCUCUGUAGCUAUGUGUGUAUCACAUUUACCUAGAGCUGUGUAGACACGAUUCACUCAAUGUAGGACGGCAAACCUACAGAUAAAGAACGGCAUCCAGUCACAAUGUGUUAUGACAACAAGCACAGUCAAUUUAUUUGAAAUUUUCUGCAAAUAAACAUUUUCAUUGACAAAAACUAACAAAUAUGAAGUGGAUUCGAGAGGAAUAUUGUAUAUAAAAGAACUGUGGACGGAACAGCACUGUUUUUGAAAAUAAUGCAACUGUUUGAAGACUUCAACUGCUAGAAAAGACUAAUGCUGCUCUAUGCAACUGUACAUUACAAUAUUUUUCUUAAUUCUAUUUUUUUAGAGCCACCUUCAAUCUUCUGGGUACUUUUGCUUGAAUGUCAUUCAAAACUUUUGACUGUCAAAAACCAUUCUAAAAUGUUUCCCAAGGUAGGCCUUUUCUGUGAUUUCAGUUGACAAGCAUUUUUACAUCACAAAUAAAUACAAA